AUGAAAAUAGAUGAGGCCAUGCAUCUCUUUCGAGAAUUGCCUCGAAGGGGGUUGAAACCUGACAAUGGAACUUUCUGUGCUAUGUUACGGGGUUUGUUUGAAACAGGUAGAUGUGGAGUUGCCCAAAAACUUUUUAACGAUAUGCAAGCUGCGGGCAUAAUUCCAGAUUCUCAAACUUAUGAUAUCAUGUUGGAUGGGCUGUGCAGAAACAACAAUAUUUUUGAAGCAUUGUCAUAUUCCAGUAACCUUUCUUCCAACGGAUUACAACCUGAUGUUAAGGCAUACACUACGAUGAUACAAGGUCUUUGUGAAGUAGGCCUACUGCAUGAAGCUAAAGAGUUGUUUGUUAAAAUGGAACAGAAUGGUUGCUUGGUAGAUGAUGUCACUUACAACACUAUUAUCCGAGGAUUUAUUGGACAACACAAGUGCUAUGAGGCAUUAAUACUUGUUGAGGAAAAUGUUCAAAGGGGUUUUACAAUAGAUGCAUCCACUUUUCCCUUGAUUGUGGAUAUACUCGCAACUGAAGGACAAGAUCCCGCUCCCCAAGAAGUGAUAAAGAGGUUCAUUCCAAAAGAUAGUCAUGGAAUGCAUGAUAUUGAGUAA